GCUCGCGGGAACACUAAGGGAUCGCAUAUGACCUGUUUAGUACGAUGUCAUUCGUGCUUAUUCCUGUAUCCAUGCGUGGUGGUACUAGGAGAUAUACGUCUCCAUGACAUUGGAUUCGCUGAUAUAUCGGAACGGUUUACCCAGUGUCACAUACCACCAUCUGCUCAGUUCCCUUUCACAGGCCUCUUUCCACAACAUCCGCGGAUACGGAUCAUUCUCAUAUUGGCUACUGAUGCACUAUGGAACAGUACCAUUCUGCAUACCGAUAAGCUUCUCGCUCUUAAUAUCCUUGGGAUAUCGAAUCGAAUCGUCUGGGUGACACUGAACACUACUUAUGAAAUACUAUGGAAGACAGCACCCAGUCGGUAAUAUACACCUCGCUAAUCUCUGCAAAUACUGAGUAUACUGGACGUG